AUGCCCUCCUCAUCAACAAACGAAUGGGCUAAAGCAGAGAAGGAAAUCGCUCAAGACCAACAACUUCAAGCCAAAAUCACCAAUGAGGAAUUCAAGAUAUGGAAAAAGACAGUCCCCUUAUUGUACGAUUUUAUCCAUACAUUUGCAUUAGAUCAUCCUUCCACCAUUGUUAGAUGGUUACCAAAGUAUCAAUUAGUAGACAAUGACACCAAUGUUGAGGUCCAACUCCUACUAAGUUCCAACACGAUUAAUAGUCCUGAAAACUCAUUGGAGUUAGCUUCAGUUACUUUACCCUCGACUUUAGUUGGCAAAGAAGGUAAUGGGGUGUUACCAGCGGAUGGGAUUGAUACCUCGAACUUCAAAAGAUUGACAAAAUGGAAGCAAAAUUCAGUGACUAAUGCUUUGAAAUUAUCACCUGAUGGAUCAAUUGCAUUGUCUUUCAACGGAGAUGGUAUCAUUCGUGGAUGCAACUUGACCAGCGAUAAAGUUGUUGAUUACAAGUAUCAUAAGCAGCCUGGGUUUGCCUUAGAAUGGAUCAGCAACAACAACGAAAAAUUUUUAUCCGGUGCCAAUGAUUCUCAAAUUGCACUUUGGCAACUUGAAAAACCGUCGACUCCCAUUCAACUAUUCAAAUCACAUCAUGGAGCCAUUAAUGAUAUUUCGACUAGUAAUGCCAAUAUCUUUGGAUCGGUUAGUGAUGACUCAACCACUCAAUUUCAUGAUUUGAGAGUAGCUUCUGUUGGCGAUAUCAAUCCCGUCAUCAAACAAGAGAAUAAAUUUAUUCAAAACUGUAUUCAAUUUCAUCCUCAAAUUAAUACAUUUUAUGCAACUGGUGGUAAAGACAAUGUUGUUUCCUUGUAUGACUUGAGAAAUUAUAAAAUACCAUUUAGAAAAUUAUUUGGCCAUAAUGCAUCAAUCAGACAAUUGGAAUGGGAUACAUUCAAUCCACUGACUCUUGUAUCUUGUGGAUUAGAUUCUAGGAUUUUAUUUUGGAAUUUGGAUAAUUUGGAAGAAGAUUAUACUUAUCCUGAAACAAGCGCAACUGCUAAUUCGGAAACGUCGAAAAGGAAAACUCAGCAAUCUUCAAAACCCGAUCCUUGUUUGAAAUACGUGCAUGGUGGUCAUGUUGGAAGAAUCAAUGACUUUACCAUUCAUCCCAAAAUUCCUAAUUUAUUUGCUAGUGUUGGCGAUGAUAGAUUAUUGGAAAUCUGGGAACCCAAGACAUUGUUAGUGGAAGAAGAAGAUGAAGAAGAGGAAGAAGAACAAGCGCAAGAGAAAGAGCAAGAGCAAGAGGAAGAGCAAGAGGAAGCGGAAGGUGAAGAAAGAAAAGAAGAAGAAAGUGAACAAAGGAAGGAAGACGAGAAGGGGGAAGAGAAGGAAAAGGAAAAAAGCUCCGAAGCUGAAGUUGAAGCUGGUGCUGGUAAAUCAUCCAAAGAUGACGACAAUGAUGCAUCCCUGUCGAAAGACGUUGAAAUGAAAGAUUAA